CUCCCAGUCUCCCAGCCACUGCGCAAGCCAGCUGCAGAGGCAGGCCACACCAUGGAGCUGCUCCUCCUGCCCUGGGCCCUGCUGCUGCUGGCGACAGCCCCUGGCCCAGGCCCCUGGCCUGCAGCAGAUGCCCAGCAGAACUGCUCCCUCCGCUGUGGGGAGCUGGGCCCGCUGUGCUCAUGCCACCCGACCUGCGUCGGCCUGGGCACCUGCUGCCCGGACAUGCGGCACUUCUGCCUGGAGAUCCAGCCCUACUCAGGCUCCAUGAUGGGCGGCAAGGACUUUGUGGUGCAGCACUUCACGUGGUCCGGCCCCGUCGACAGCGUGAUCUGCAGGUUUAAGGAGAGUGUCCAGACCCUGGGCCACGUGGACUCCCUGGGGCGAGUGCACUGCGUGUCCCCCUUGCUCUACGAGACCGGCCGCAUCCCCUUCACGCUCUCCUUGGACAACGGCCGUUCCUUCCCUCGCUCAGGCACCUGGCUGGCUGUUCACCCCAGCAAAGUGUCGGAGACGGAGAAGAGCCAGCUGGUAAACGAAACCCACUGGCAAUACUAUGGCACCACCGACGCCAGGGAUGCCCUCUCCCUCACCUGGAACACCUCGGCUCUGCCCACCAACCAAGUCACCAUCGAGCUGUGGGGCUAUGAGGAGACAGGGAAGCCAUACUCAGGGGAAUGGAUAGCAAAGUGGUCAUACCUGUACCCCCUGGCCACAAAUGUCCCCAACUCCGGCUCCUUCACCUUCACUCCCAACCCCGCGCCUCAGAACUUCCAGAGAUGGGAAGUGGGUGCCCUUCGAAUCAUCAGCAGCGAACACUACACGGGGAAGAAGGACGUGCACGCGCUCUGGAGCAACGAGCACGCGCUGGCCUGGCACCUGGGCGACGACUUCCGGGCGAACUCUGUGGCCUGGGCUACCAAUAAGUGCCUGGCCUGGGAGAAGCUGGAGGACGAACUGCCCAACUUCCUGGGGGAACUGCCUGACUGCCCCUGCACCCUGGCCCAGGCCAGGGCUGACUCUGGCCGCUUCCACACGGAUUAUGGCUGUGACAUUGAGCAUGGCAGUGUGUGCACCUACCACCCAGGGGCCGUGCACUGUGUGCGCUCUGUGCAAGCCAGCCCCCAGUAUGGCUCCGGCCAGCAGUGCUGCUACACAGCGGACGGCACACAGCUCCUGACGGCCGACUCCACCAGCGGCAGCACCCCCGACCGUGGCCACGAUUGGGGUUCGCCCCCGUUCCGAGCACCACCCCGUGUGCCUGGCCUCUCCCACUGGCUCUACGAUGUCAUCAGCUUCUACUACUGCUGCCUCUGGGCGCCCGAAUGCUCCCGCUACAUGCGUCUACGGCGCUCCAGCGACUGCCGCACCUACCGGCCCCCUCGCCUGGCCUCUGCUUUUGGGGACCCGCACUUCAUCACCUUCGAUGGUGCCAACUUCACCUUCAACGGGCGCGGCGAAUACGUGUUGCUGGAGUCGGGGCUGACCGACCUGAGGGUGCAGGGUCGCGCGGAGCCCAGGACAACGCCUGAAGGCAUGCAGGACCGAGGCACAGGGCUGACCGCCGUGGCCGUCCAGGAGGGCAACUCUGAUGUGGUGGAGGUCCGGCUGGCCCCCGGGGUGGGGGGCCUGCAGGUGCUGCUGAACCAGGAGGUGCUCACCUUUGCGGAGCAGAGCUGGAUGGACCUGAAGGGCAUGUUCCUGUCCGUGGCUGCUGGGGAUCGCACAUCCAUCAUGCUGUCAUCGGGGGCGGGCCUGGAGGUCAGCGUCCAGGGUCCCUUCCUGAGUGUGACCGUCCUGCUGCCCGAGAAGUUCCUUAACCAUACGCAAGGCCUCCUGGGGACCCUCAAUGACAGCCCCACAGACGACUUCACCCUGCGCAGCGGGAAGGUCCUGCCGCCGACCGCAAGUUCUCGGGAGCUGUUCCAGUUCGGGGUUGACUGGGCCGUGAAGAAUGCCUCCUCCCUGCUCACCUAUGACUCUCGGUUGCUGGCCAACAACUUCCUGUAUGGGCCCAAGCAUGACCCCACCUUCCAGCCACUCUUCCCCGAGGACAUCACCCCCAGCCCCGGCCAGGAGACUGAGGCAGACAAACUGUGUGGGGACAACCGUUUCUGCAGCUUCGACGUUGCAGCCACCAGGAGCCUGAGCAUGGGCAAUGCCACCCGGGUGGCCCACCAGCUGCACCAACAUCGUGUGCAGAGCCUGAAGCCUGUGGUGUCCUGUGGCUGGCUGGCCCCACCUGACAAUGGGUUGAAGGAAGGCAGCAAGUACCUGAUGGGCUCCACUGUCUACUUCCACUGCAAUAAUGGCUACAGCCUGGAGGGGGCGCAGGUCAGCACCUGCCAGGCUAAUGGCAACUGGUCCUACCCUACUCCGGCAUGCCAGCCAGGACGGAGCCACACUGUGCUGCUGAGCAUCAUCUUCGGAGGCCUGGCACUGGUGGUGCUCGUCGCGCUGCUCUACGUGCUGCUGCAACGCAAGAAGCGCAACACGACGCCAUGGACUUCGCAGCCCUGAGGGGAGCACUCUUGGCUGGAGACUCCGUACACCGGGCCCCUCGGGGGCUGCAGACCAGCCUCCCAGGAGAAGGCUCUGCACUCCCAGGAGUGAGCACCCCAAUACCUCAACCCCCAAACCCUUAGCACCUGGACCUGGACACCUGAUAACUGAGCCUUUAAUGCCUGUGGGCCGGAGGUGCCCUGCCCUGCUGCCUCAGCCUCGGCCCCAGGCCCCGACCUCUAACCAUGCUGCUCCUGAGGCCCUGUCUCCCAGUGCUCGCAACUCUAGCUCUCCGACUCGACUCCAGGCCUUUGAACCCUAACACCUGCCUCCCCAGCCCUAGCCCUCCAACAUCUGAUACUCUAUUGCCAAUACCUCCGAUCUGGUGUCUGAUGCCCAUGCCCCAACCCCUGAUAUACUGAGACCUGGUGCCCUCCAACUGGAGCCCCAGCACCCAGCUGCCUUGAUUCCCAGACUCUGGGCCCGGCCAAGAUUGCAGGUGUGCCCAGCCCAGGGCACGGAGCGGCCACGGGAUCCUGAGCAAAGUCACCCUCUGAGCUCUGAGCGUGUAACUCUAACUCUGGAAUGUCACUUGAAACCUCCUCCCUGCCUUACAAAGAGAAAGAAGCCUUCGGUGCUCCUCUCGG